AUGUCUGAAUGCAAAGGUUAUCAAUAUGAGCCAGAGUUUAAUGAAGAGGAAUUAUUGGCAGUUUCAGUUGAAAGCUCAGAUGAUUUGGGAAUAAAUGAAAUAAAUGAAAGAGGUGAUAAUACCAAUUGGUGCACGUGUGGACACUGUGACAUUCUUCCAAGUCAAAGAGAAUGUGUAUGCUGCAAUCAAGGCUCAUGGCAUAUAGGCAAUUUAUUUUUUUUUGUGAGGAGGGAACAGCCAUUAGGGAAAAAGAAUCGAGUGGUGUUACCUGCUUGUGUUGUGAUUAAAAUCAGAAAAGCAUUCCCAGAUGAUGAGUAUGAGGGUUUCCACAGCGAGUCAUCAAGUUCGGAUUCAGACUAA